AUGAUAGAAUCGAAAACCAAAUCAAUUCCCUCCAAUUAAUUUUAUGAGAGGAAUGCUGGAGGUGAAAAAAGUGACAUCAAAUUGAGUUCAUUUAUUCAGCUCCUAGAGAGAUUAGCCUAAACUUAGAAAACUGGAAUGAAAUUACACUUAUCUGACUUUCAGCUAGAUCGAGAAAGAGGCAAUUAUGGGUUGAAAGAAUCAACUUUGGCUAAAUAUUAUGCAGAAAUCUUGCUCUUACCUCCUGCUGAGGCUGACAGACUUAAGCACUGGAAAAAUCCAACGAAAUAGCCUGUUGGUUCGCCUACUGGUGACUUCGUAGGAGUUUUGGUCCAUGUAAUGAGAAACAGAGCAAGGAAUGACUCCAAACUCACUUUAAAUUAACUGAAUCAGUUGUUAGAUUAGCUGGCUCGUGCCUUUGAAAACGAUAAGAAGAAGUAAAUACUUGCUAAAUUGGUACAGGAUACAACAGUAGAUGAAUAAAAAUGGAUUGCUAGGAUCAUAUUGAAAGACUUAAAGAUAGGCAUUGGACAUGAGACCAUCCUUAAAAGCUAUCAUCCAGAUGCUUUAGAAUUGUUUAACGCUACUAGUGAUUUAAGAUCAGUUUUUGAAGAGUUACAAAAUUAGGAGGACUAAGCUAGGAAGGGAGGUGCGCAAAUUUUCAGAAUGUUCUUCCCUAUAAAGCCUAUGCUGGCUGGAAAGUUGAAUCCAUAGCAAAUUGCUGAUUUUGUGAGGAAAGAGGGAAAAGUAAUAGUAGAAAAUAAAUAUGAUGGCGAGAGAAUCCAAUGCCAUUUAUAAGAUGGAGUGGUGAAAUUUUUCACCAGAAACUCAAAUAACUACACCAGAAUCUACGGCCCAGGAAUGGGCAAAUAUAUAAAGGAAAACGUAGAUGCAUAAGCAGCAAUACUUGACGGGGAAAUGGUAGUUUGGGACAACAAAAACAAUCGCAUUGCAGCUUUUGGACAGAACAAGUCUGUGGCUCUGAAGGAAUAUGGAGUCUAUGAAAACCCACCUGUCUAAGGCUAUAACCCAUAUAAACAUCACAAUCAAGCUCAAGAAGAAUCAAAGAAUAAGGAUUAAGACGAUGGUGGUAACUCACAUCUAUAGCUAUGUUAUAAAGUCUUUGACAUCUUGUAUAUAAAAGGGCAUGGGGAUAGUGAGGAGAUCAAUCUAAUGGGUGCAAGACUUUAAGAUAGGAAGACAGUGCUUAGUAGAGUGAUCAAAGAGAUUCCUAAUACUUUAGAGGUAGUGAUGGGCAAAGUAUGUGAGAGUGUAGACCAAGUAUUUGAAGAGUUUAAUCAGAGUAUUUAUAAAAAUGAAGAGGGAAUUAUUAUAAAGAAGUGCGAUUCAAGCUACAAACCUAAUGAAAGAUCUAUUAUAUGGAUUAAGCUUAAAGGUGAAUAUAUAGAUAGUCUAGGAGAUACUUUAGAUUUAGUGAUAAUAGGUGGGUAUUUUGGAGAGAGAAAGAGAAUUGGGGGUACUGAUUGGACUGACCAUAUCAAUGUGUUCUUAGUUGGAGUCAUUAAAAGAAUAGACAAAAGCAAUCCAGCAAACUCAGUUGUAUAUCCUUUUUCAAGAGUUGGAACUGGCUACUCAAUGGAUGAACUUUAGAAGCUAAGAUAAAAACUAAAGAAUAAUUGGAAGAUGUAUGAUGCUCGAAUGCCCCCAGCUUUGUAUGGCAGAUGGGUGCCGACUAUGUCUGAUAGACCCGAUGUCUAUAUAUCAGAUGUUUCGCAAUCAGUUGUUCUUGAGAUUAGAGCUGGUGAGCUUGUUGUCUCAGAUUAAUAUCCCACAAUGUAUACACUCAGAUUCCCUAGAGUGCUUAAAAUUAGAUAUGAUAAGAACUGGGAUGAGGCUUUUACAAUGAAUGAUCUUUAGGAAAUGAUUUCUAAUUUCUAAGAGUCCAGAAGGCUAAAGAAAAAGGAUAAAGCUGACGGAUAAUACUAGCUAAAGGAUGGAGAUCAUGAAGAUGAUGACUUAAAUGAUGAAGAUGGUAAGAAAAAGCGUAGACCCAGAAAGAAAGUCUAAGAAGAAGUCAAGGAAGGUGAUCCUGAUUAGCCACUCUAUAUAACUCAUAAGGAUAAGUUCAGCAAGGUAGUUGAGUUCUUUAGAGAAGCGGAUGUGAAAGAUGUUGUUAAGAAAUCUGACAUGUUUAAGAACAUGGAGUUCUAUAUUGUGAAUGUGAAUGAUCUUGUAGCUAAUAAACCUUACCUGGAAAGUAGAAUAGUUGAGCAUGGAGGUAGAAGAGUGCAGAAUUUACUACCAACCACAACUCAUGUCAUUGCGGAUCAGUAAACUUCUUCAAUAUUAAUUGAUAUUUAGCUUGGAUUUCAAAGUGAAGAUCUUAAUUGA